CUGUUCUUGGUAAACAUUGUUGGCUUCACCUAGCUGCUAAGGAUUGUUGCGACAUUCCAUAAUAUUUAAAAAGAAAUCAGGUCUACCAUUUGGUUGACAUUGAUUUCUUGAAUUAUUAUUAUUUUAUUGAAUUUCUUUACCUUCACAAUAUCCAUUGGCUUCAAUGGCUGGCGGACGUCUAGAAGUGUACUGGUCGCCUAAUAGUCCAGACAAAUUCCUUACGUGGGGGAGUGAUCUUUCGCUAUAUCAAGUCAAAAAUACUUCCGGUAGAGACGAUAUCGCCUCCGCACACAAUUUUCAGAUAUCAAGUAACAGUAGAGCAUACCAACUGGGUUCGUUCACAGAUGUAGCAUUUGCUAAAUGCCUGGCAUGGCUCCCAGUACCAGAAUUAGAAGGUGUCAUUGCUAUCGGCCAGACAAAUGGAAGAAUUUUAUUGACAUCUGUGUUGGGUCCUGGAGAGACUUCACCUUUUCAUGGAAAAGAAUAUGCAUCAAAGCACAAUAGACAGUGCAAUGCAGUAUCAUGGGGUCUAACAGAACCUUACAUUCUUGCAGCUGGUUUUGAAAAACAUAGAUCUGAGCAUGGUUUAAUCCUCUGGGAUGUGGCUAAAGGUGUAAAUGACAGUAACAGACCUAUCAUGGAGAUGGCAUUUGGAGACACUAUUACCUCCGUCACAUGGUUCAAUCAUUCACAUACUAUGGCAACUGGUGUUAAUAGCAAGCAACUUCGCCUCUAUGAUUUUAGAGAUGGAACUAAGCACACAGGCUCAACGAAUACUCGCGCAGUUUUUUCGAUCGUUCAGGAUCCGUUUGUCAAUCACAGAUUUGCUUCAUAUAGCGACACUUCCGUAUGUAUUUGGGAUGUAAGAAAUUUCGAGAAACCCGUACUGUCACUACAGCAAAACAAAACUGUUUCGAAAAUUUCUUGGUGCCCUACACAUCAUAGUUUCCUGGGAGUGUUAUGCAAAGAGAGCACGUCGCUGUCUUUGUAUGAUAUUCAGAAUGCAAAUGGUUUAGCGGCAGAGGAAAUGGAACCUAUCCCGUUGGAACGUGGACUGAUUCUGACAGAAAACGGUGAAACAAUUUCUUCCUUUGCAUGGCAUUUAAAUGAGGAGAAUCGACUACUCUACUCAACAUCAUUACUUAAUAUUAAGGAGCAUAUUGUUGUAGACCGAAUCACACUGAAUUGGUCCCCGUCAAGUAAGCUAGUGUGGAAUUGUGGCAAAAAAAUAUUGCAGUACAUUGACGAAACUGAUAGUGUCUACGGCAGGUUCAGUGAUUUUUCCGUAAUAAUGCGCCAAAGAGCGGUUGAGGGAUACGGACUUGAGGCUGACUUUAAACCUGAUUCAGAACUAAUGCAGGACGUAACGACGAGAGAGCUUUGGUGUUGGGUCGAUACAUGUCGGAAGCUGGCCCAGUCAGGAAAUCCGCUCGGAAUUAAUUUCAUGGGUAUUAGGUCUGCCUUGCGUCUGGAUACGGAUGGAGUUAUGAAGUCAGAAAUGUUCCAAGUCCCUUGGAAUGGAGUGGAAUCGGCAAAAAUUUCACCUAUUACUGUCUACAGGAGCGAAGAGAGAAAUCAGGCUUUGCGUUUGUGCGGUUGGCCUUACGAUCCCGAAAACUCCAUCCUAGGGCCACUUUUGGAAAAACUUCAGGCGGAUGGGCAAGUAUCUCGAAGUGCUGCGCUGUCUGUGUUCCACAUGAAGAUACGCAAAGCCAUAAAAAUUCUGACUCGUAGCGGUGUGCAGAAAAACCAAGUGUCUUACCAGUUAGUCGCCCUCGCCUUAGCUGGGUUUACGGAUAAUCGAGAAACGUUGUGGCAGCAGGAAAUCUGCAGUAUGCAAAAGAAUGCUCUAGACGAUCCAUAUUUGAGAGCUACGUUUGCGUUUUUAACAAGUCCGUCAGAAAAAUACGAAUCUGUCUUGAACGAAACCGGAAUGAGUGUUCGAGACCGCAUUGGUUUCGCCUGUAAUUUCUUGUCUGAUACCCAUCUCAGCGAAUUUAUCGAGUACCUCAAUCGCCAGUUGACAAAAGAAGGAAAUUUGGACGGGAUGCUUCUAACUGGUCUGUCAACUGACGGGCUGAACUUGCUCCAGAGUCAUGUGGACAAAACCGGCGAUAUUCAGACAGUUAGUCUUCUCAGUUUACAUGCUUCCAAUCAAGAAGUCAGCAAAGAUGGCCGUAUGCAACAAUGGGUGAACAGCUACCGGUCCUUGCUUGACAGUUGGAGGUUAUGGACGCAAAGAGCCAAAUUCGACGUUCAGUUCUAUAAAGGCAAUCCCUCAGGGGUUGAAAAACCUCCUCAACAGGUCUACGUUUCCUGUAAUUACUGUGGCAAAGGGAUCUCAGUUUUUUCUGGUGGCAAAAGCAAGCUACCCUUUAGUCGGAGCAGCCCAAAUGUGAAAUCCAAGUUAACUGGCUGCCCAAAUUGCCGGAAUCCUUUGCCUCGUUGUGCCGUUUGCAUGAUGCAUCUUGGAAGUCCACUGGCGUCAUGGGGAGGACCUACUGAACACAUAUCCAAAAAACCGAGCAUUAACGUUGCAUCUAGCGUCUCAGGUGUGACGUCUAAGAAAAGUCACCCGUUCGCUUCAUGGAUUCUUUGGUGCCAAACGUGUCGUCACGGAGGACACAGCGCUCACCUUCUGGAAUGGUUCGCCGAACACAGCGAAUGUCCCGUCACCGGUUGUUCUUGCCGUUGCCUGAAUCUGGAUACUAUUGGUCACCACAUUCCUGUCAUCGCAAACGGCCAUGACUGAAUGACGUUUUCCAGGACGAGGAUUUUGGUUACGUCUCAACGGUUAUUGGCCGUUCGCUUACUGAACUAUUUUUAGUUAGGCAAAUUUUGUACAGUUUUGUCUUUACUGUUGCCUGUGUUAAUGUUUUCUCCUCUUCCGACCGUUGUUGGUUGGCCGUUUUUCUUUUUCCAACUCAAGUCUUAAACGUACUUGCAAUAAAGCUUGCGAUUGAGCGUAGGACAAUGACGACGGAAAUUGAUUCUGAUGGAAAGCUAAAUGAAAUAAAUUGGUUCGAUGAUUCAUUAAA